CUUGCGCCUUUUUUGAACUCGCGAUUUGUACACAAAUGAAUGGAGCCAACUGGAUGAUGUUGUGAAGCAUCUGAUCGUCAUCGGGAUCAUAAUUUUUAGGACUUUCAUGACUCCCAUGAAACAAUACAUUUUUGGUUAGUUCAGGUGCACAUUGUGUACAGCUGCAUGUACUAACUGGUGGAGAUUAAAGGUGUUCAAGAUGAGUUGGUUUGGGGAUGAAUGGAAGAAUGGGCUUCCACACAGGGCCCAACAGGAAAUACAGAAACUGGAAAGUAACCUUGAAAAGCUACGCAAGGAACAGAAGCAGAAGCAAUUUCAGUUGGAGUCACUAGAUGCUGCUUUGAAGAAGCAGCAGAAGAAGGUCGAAGAGGAGAAAGCGCAGUAUGCAACCUUGAAGAAGGAAAAUCACAGUCUGGCAGAAGCAUGUGAAGAUGUGGAGAAAAAGAGAGAGAGGUUGGCACAUGAGCUGCAGAAUAAGGAAUCCAUGGUUGCCUGUCUGAAUGGUCAACUCUCUCACACCAAGACACAGCUUGAGGCCGAGCAGUCUAAGUCAACCCAGCUCAAGAAUGAGAUGGAGAAAGCUCAGAUGGAGGUCAACGAGAUGACUAACAAGAUGGAGAAACUAUCACAAGAUUACAGAAAGCUACAGGAGAACUGUAACCACCAGCAGCGCCAGUUAGAGACCCAGACUGAGAGACUAAGGAUUGCCAAGCAAGAAAAUGGACAGGGGAAGAAAUCGCAAGGGAGCUUCUCUGAUGAGGAUAUUUCUAGUGAUCUAGCGCAACAAUUGCAGGUAAUGCAAGCGGCCAAAGAACAAGAAGAAAAGACUCGCAAACAGCUUGAGAAACAGCUCCAAGAUAUUCAGGCAAAGAUGGGAGAGAGCGAGGCGUCCCUAGCCAAGAUGGCCAUUCAGCAGCCUGCCGUUGUCAUUGAGUCGCCUCCUAUCCAAACAUUGCCUGUGAAGACAGAGUCUGAUGAUGGGCUCAAAGAGAAGCUUACAGAACUCCAGGCCAUGGUCACUGACCUCAAGAAACAAAAGGAAGUCGACACCCAAGAGAACCAUAAGCUAGAGCUGAAAGUUCAGGCUACGGACAAGCAGCUCAGAGACACCACGGCCCAGCUGCAGGAAGCCAAGAAAGACAUUGCAGAGAUGAAGAAAGAUGGAGAGGACAGGAUCAAGAUACUAGACACCAAACAAGAUGAGAUCAACAGCCUCAAAGGGAAGAUAGAAGAAGGCAAACUUCAGCUGAGCAAUCUGGAGCAGAAGACUAAAUCGAUUACCAAGGAGCUGGAGUGCCAACGCCACAACGCAGAAGCUGCCCGGCAAGCACAGGAACAGCGGUUCAAGGAGCGGGAGAAGGAGCACAAACAGGAGGUCUCCCAGCAGAUCCAGACCCUGACCAGCAUGGACAAACAGAUGAACGACGCCAAGACCAAGUCCACCCAGGAGGUCAACCGACUGACAAAAGAAAAGGACCAACUGGCUGCCCAGAUGGAGAAAGCUGCCUUUGAGAAGCAGAAGCUGGAGGCCCAGCUCAAGGAAUUACAGCAAAAGGUGCAAGGUGCAGACCAAAGUUUGAGGAAUCAUGAUCAGGUUGUCGAGAAGUUGAACAAGAGCAUUGAGAACCUCAAGAAAGAAAAAGAAGGCUUGGUUUUCAAGAUGGAACAGAGUGAAUGCAAAGUAAUGCGAGUGGAAGGAGAAUUAGAGAAAGCAAAGCGAGAGCUUCAGCAGAGUGAGAAUGUCAACAGUGACUUGAGAGGGAAGGUGAUGGAGAAAGACCUUGACAUGGAAAGCCUUGAGUCUAAAUGUGACAACCGUGUGAAGGAGAUCAACAACCUGGUUGAGAACUUGAAGAUUCAGCUUGCAGAUGUCAAAUCCAAACAUGACUCGGCCAAUGACCUCGCCAAGAAGCAUGAGCAGAAGGCAGAGAAGCUUGAAAGAGAAUACCAGCAGUUGGAGGCGGAGAAGAUCAAAAUGGGAGAGGAGACGAAGCACAAGGAGGAUGAAGUAAAGAAGAUCAAAUCAGAGAUGACAUCUAUCGAGAAGAGUAUGAAAGAUGCCAUGUCACAACAGAACAUGCUUCUUGAAGAGAAAAAGAAACUGGAGAAGCAGCUUGAUGCUAAGGACAACAGGAUUGCAGAUUGUGAGUAUAAUUUGCAGAAGUCCAAGGAUAAAGUUACUGAAUUGGAAUCCAAACUUAGAGAGAAUCAAGCAAACUCUGAAAAUAUUCAACUUCAAAUGGACCAGAAAGAUAAAAUUGUAAAAGAGAGCAAUGCAAAGAUUCAGGAACUACAAGUUGAACUACAGAAUGCUGAGAAGACCAAUGAAAGUAAAGUCAAUGCAAUGAAUAUAGAAGUCUCUUCCCUGAAGGGCCAGAUUACUCACCUUGAAAAGGACAUUGAUUGCAAGAAUGCAACCAUGUGUGAACUACAAAAAAAUAUCUCAGAAAUCGAAGACAACCUCACAACCAGCAAGAGUAUUAUCAGUAAGAAAGAUGAUGAUUUGUCAGCUAAGCAAUCAGAACUUGAUACAAUGGCUGCUGAGUUGAAGAAGACAGUUGCCAACUUGGAGGAAGAGUUGAAGGAAUCCAAGACUGCCUUGGAAAAAUCUGAGAAGCUAAAGGAUGACCUGAUAGCAGCCAAAUCAGAGGCUCUCUGUUCCAAGGAGGGUGAGGUAUCCUCUCUUCAGAAGCAGCUUUCUAAGGCUGAAGAGGAGUUGAAGGGUAGAGAGACCAGAUUGCAGGAGAUGCAAAAUAGUCAGGAGGAGCUGAAGCAAGAGGUGGACUCACUGACUAAUGAGAAAGGAUCUCUAUCCUUUGCACUUGAGGCCAAAGCUGAGGAAGUCAAAGCCCUACAAGCUGAGGUCAAAGACAAGACUGCCAACCUGGAAGCAUCAUUGCAGACACUGCGACAACAGAACCAAACACUCCAGGACAGUUACAAGAAAGCUUGUGAGCUGGCUGACACCAAGGCUGCAGAGGUUACAGAUUUAAUGGACAAGCUGCAAGCUUCAGAAAACGAAGUGGAGAAGCUGCGAGACAGAGUUACCAUGACAGAGGAAAGCAUGCGAAAUGCAGAAUCUGCCAAUCAGACUGCAACAAACAAUCUGAAAGAGGUGACCCAGCAGUUAGCGCAGAAGGAAGCACAACUCUGCUGUCUUCAGGAAGACCUGGAGAGUGUAGGUGAUACACUGGAAGACAAUGAAAAGCAGUUUCAAACUACUCUGGAGGGUCUUAAAGAAAAGUUGGAUAAGCUCCGCAAUGAAAAAGAAGAAAAAGAUGCAGAACUUCAAGAUCUUGCAUCACAGUUUGAUCAUUCAACUGAGGAAGUUACGAAGCUUCAAGAAGAAGUUAGGAAUCUCAAGGAGAGUAAUGAACAGGCUCAGCAAUUUGGAGAGGCAAAGAACAGGGAAGUAGAGGAUUUACUUCAGCAGCUGGUAGCAAGUGAGAAGAAGCUAAAUGAGCUCUCUUCGAGCGAUGAGAGGAACAUGAAAUCCAUUUCUGAGUUGGAAAAGACAACUGGUCUUCUGAAGGAACAGAUGGAAGUUGCCACAGAACAGCUCAACGCAAGUAAAGAUGAGGUAGAAUCCACCCAAGCCGAGCUGGAUAAGGUUCAAAUAUUGCUUCAGAAACAAACAACAUCUUUCGAGAAGCAGAUUCAAGAACUUGAAGCUUCAAAUUGCCAACUUUCAGAGAAGGUUGAACAAGCAUCAAGUAGUUCCUCCAAGAAAGAUGAAGAGAUUGCAACCCUUGAAGCCAAGAUAAAUAGCCUUGAGCAGGAUGUUGUCAUCCUUGCUGAAGGGGCUUCCAAACUUCAAGAAGAAAAGGAGUCAGCAAACGAAAAGCUUAAAUUGCUUGAGAUGGACAUGGAAGAGAGACAAGGUUUACUCAAAACAAGAGGUGAUGAAGUGCUUCGUUUGGAGAAGGAACUCGGUGACUUGCAGAAGCAGAUUGAUUCAACUGCACGUGACUUGGAGAAGAGUCUUGAGGAGUCAACCAGAUGCAGUGAGGAGUUUUCCAUGAAGUUUGAGCAACAGGAAAAGGUCAUUGAACAGAAAGAAGCAGAACUGAGUCAGCUGGCUACCAGGGUAGAAUCAUCUGAGCAAGAGCUUGGACAAAUGAGAGUAACUGUGAAUGCUAACAUGGAGAGUUUCAAAGAGCUUGAGAUGAAGCAUGCUGAGCUUUGCCAUCAGCACGAUGAUGUCAAGGAGCUCAUGAAGACGAAAGAAUCUACGCUGGAGCACCAGAGUCGUGAGCUGGAUGAGCUACAUAAUCUCAUCGAUAAUAGGGAGAAGGAGAUGGAAUUGAAGAUCAGGGAGCUCGAGAACAAUGUCUCAUCUGCUCACAUUGAACAUGAAAAAUUGCAGGAUGUCCUCUUGAAGAAAGAGUCAGAGGCAGCAGAACUUUGUAAGGAGUUGGAAGCACUGAAGAACAAUACAUAUGAACAGAUUUCCUCACUGCAGAAUAGCCUCGUAAUUAUUGAGGGUAAGCUCUCAAUAGCUGAAUUGGAGAAUGAAAAGAGUACAGAUCUCUUGAAUACAAGACAAGAAGAAAUAACUGGGCUUACCCAGGCAUUGGAUGCAUUGAAGCAGGAAAAUAAUAUGAUAGAUAAUAGGCAGAAAGAAAUGGAGUUGAAGGUCAGGGAACUCGAGAACAAUGUCUCAUCUGCUCACACCGAACAUGAAAAAUUGCAGGGUGUCCUCAUGAAGAAAGAAUCAGAGGCAGCAGAACUUUGUCAGGAGUUGGAAGCACUGAAGGAUGCCACUGAUGAGCAGAUUUCCUCACUGCAGAAUAGCCUCUCAAAUGUUGAGGGUAAGCUCUCAAUAGCUGAAUUGGAGAAUGAAAAGAGUGCAGAUCUCUUGAGUGCAAGACAAGAAGAAAUAGCUGGACUUACCGAGGCAUUGGACGCAUUGAAGCAGGAAAAUAAUUUGAUAGAUAAUAGGGAGAAAGACAUGGUGUUGAAGGUCAGGGAGCUUGAGGACAGUGUCUCAUCUGCUCACACUGAGCAUGAAAAAUUGCAGGAUGUCCUCAUGAAGAAAGAAUCUGAGGCAGCAGAACUUUGUAAAGAGUUUGAAGCACUAAAGGAUGCCACCAAUGAACAGAUUUCCAUGCUGCAGAAAAGCCUCUCAGAUGUUGAGGACAAGCUCUCAAUAGCAAACAAGGAGAAUGAAAAGAGUGCUGAUCUCUUGAGAGCAAGACAAGAAGAAAUAGCCGGACUUACCCAGGAAUUGGACGCUUUGAAGCAGGAGAAUAACCUCAUAGAUAAUAGGGAGAAAGAUAUGGAGUCGAAGGUCAGGGAGCUUGAGAACAGUGUCUCAUCUGCUCACACUGAGCAUGAAAAAUUGCAGGAUGUCCUCAUGAAGAAAGAAUCUGAGGCAGCAGAACUUUACAAGGAGCUUGAAGCACUGAAGAAUGCCACCAAUGAACAGAUUUCCUCACUGCAGAAUAGCCUCUCAGAUGUUGAGGGCAAGCUCUCAGUAGCUGACUCGGAGAAUGAAAAGAGUGCUGAUCUCUUGAGAGCGAGACAAGAAGAAAUAGCUGGACUCACUCAGGCUUUGGAUUCAUUGAAACAGGAAAAUGGAAGACUCACAGAUGUGACAGCCUCUUCUGAAAGUCUACAACACACUCUACAGCAGACUGUUGAUGAAAUGAAAGUAGCAUUGGCAGAAAAGGAGAGAAAUGCUGAUGAGAUGGUUAGGAACCUCAGGCAAACUAUCUCAGAUCAGGAAAAAUCUCUCCUUGCAAAUCAAGAUACUCUUGAUUCGAUCCAGUCUGAGUUGCUCUCUGUCAAAAGCAGCAAGGAAGAGGUGCAGAAGGAGGCUGAUACAGAAAGAGAGAAUCUGAUGUUGCAAGUUCAAGAACUGAAAGGCAAUACAAGUUACUUAGAAAAUAGUAUGGAAGUGUUGCAAGAUACUCUCAAAGAAACAACAACAGCUCUUGAGGAAAUAAACCAAGAAAAGGCCUCCCUGGUAGAAAGGAAAGCAGACUUGGAAAAGACUGUUGAAGUUCUUACUCUGAAGAUGGAAACACAGAAAAGACACUUGGAUGAACAGGGUAAUAAGAUCUGUGAUUUGGAGCAACAUCUGAGUGACAAGGAAGCAGAGAUUGAAAGGAUGCAGAUAGAAUUGGAUGAGGUUGAAGAAGGUCUUUCAAACAGCCAGAGAAACAUGCAUUCGGAACUAGCAUCAAAGGAGCACGAGUUGAGUAAGCUGAGAGAUGAAUUGACGGAUGUCAGGGAGGUUAGAGAGUUAAGGGAUGAAGAGAUCAUGAAGCUAAAAGAUGAGCUUGAAGAUAAAAAUGCUGAGAUGGCAACUCAGAAUGAAAAGCAUGCCCUCUACAAGCAAACAACAGAAGAAGCUAUGGUGAAACUGAAGAAUGAACUUGAUGACACCAGCAUAGCAGUGACAGAAUCUGACAUGAAGGUUCUAGGACUGAAUGGACAAAUUCAUCAGUUGUCUUCAGAACUCGAUGAAAGGCAAAAUGAGUUCCAAAGGCAGGCAUAUGAGCUUGAAAAUGUUAAGUCCUCAUUGGAGGAGACAAGGAGUGAACUUUUACAGGCAAAGGCUACACAUGUUGAGCUGGAGCUGAAAGUAUCAGGGCUAGAUGGAGAAAAAUGUCACCUUGUUUCAGAACUUGAAGAGAGCAGAGAACUUGCUCAGAAAGGAAUAGAUCACUCGCAUGCUGUUGAGAACAGACUUCAACAAGAAAUCACAGAUUUGAAGAAGGAAAAUCUGGAGUUAAGAGAUACCCUUUCUGAGAAGAGUGCUAACUGUGACAGAAUCAACAAUACUGUUGAAGACUUACAAGUGCGUUUGGAAGCCCAGGAUGGUAAAUUGGAAAAACUGGAAGAAAAAUUGAAAAUUGAACAAGCAGAGAAAGAAGUUGUUGUGAGAGACCUAGAGAGGCAAGUUGCAUCGAAGGAAGAAGCUGUCGAGACUCAUCAGCAGAGAAUACUGGCACUUGAGGAAUCAAGGGACAGUGAAAAGGUUAUCUUCUUGGAGUCUAUUGCAGAACAGGAUGAUGCUAUGUCUAAAUUGAAGGAAGCCCACACUACUGAAUUAGAAUUGCUCCAGAAACAGCUUGAGACUCUCCGAGAAGAGAAUGCACAUCUCGUAGAAGUUGAGGCUGAAAAAAUUGCAGCUGAACACGAGAGACUCCAGAAGCUUCUGUCAGAUCAGGAAAAAAAGGUAGAUAACCUGGAAAGUGAGCUGCAAGACAGCAAUGGAAAGAUUAUCAAACUUCAAGCUGACAUCACUGAGGCCGAGGCUUUGAUAGAAUGUCAUCAACUGACUGCUGAGAAAGCUGAGCAGCUUUGCAAAGAAUCAGAUGCAAAGGUACAUGCCGCCGCAAGUCGCAUUGAUCUCCUGCAAGCUGAAUUGAGAGAAAGCCACGAUUCCAUCAUGAAAGCAGAUAAAGAUUUCAGCGAAGUCCGUGCUGAACUGGAACAUCAGCUGCAAAUUCAGAAAGACAGAUCGACAAAACUUGAACAUGAUUUGGAAUCUUCUGUAGGAAAGCUUCAUGAUCUUGAGACUUCUAAGAAGACUACUGAGGAAGAGCUACUAAAUCUCAAGAUGACACACACAAGGGAUGAAGGAUCGUUAACCCUUGAAAAGGAAGAGUUGCAAUCAAAGGUGAACACCUUGGAAACAGAGAAGGAAGUCCUCAAUUCCAGGCUUACUGAUUUGCAGACACAGUUGGCAGAUGUCAAGCAAACAAAGGAAGAAGCAGAGUAUGAAUUGCGUUCAGCUCAGUCUGAAUUAGAAGCUAUCAAGUCAAGAGAAGAGAUGGUAGAGAGUGAUAAAGUUUUCAUACAGAUACAAAACUCAGCCCUUGAGGAAGAUGCACUGCAAUAUAAAGACAAAAUCAGUUUGUUGGAAGAGGAAGUUAUGAAUGCACAAAAGCAAGUGCAACAACUGAAAGAAAAUGACACAGCUUUGAGUAGUGAUGUUGAAGAUCUGAAGCAAAAAUUGGAAGCAGUAAAAAGCAGCAAAAGAAUGCUGGAAGAGGAAUUAAUAGUCAACAAAGAUAUGGUCUCAUCUCUGCAGAAUGAGCUGAAAGCUGUGGAAAAUAAGCUUGAGGAAGACUUCUCUGUGGAGCGUCAACAAAAAGAUAUGCAAAUAUCGGAAAAUAAAAAUCUUGCCAAUAAUCUCGCCUCGAUGGAAACAGCAAAUCAAGAGCUAAAAGAUGUCAUCUCAAACUUAGAAGAAAAGAUUCAUCAUUAUGAAAAAGAUUUGAUAGAAAAGAAUGAAAAUAUAGAAACCACAAUGGCACAACUAUCAGAAUGGAAGCACAAAUUAACUGACUUAGAAGAAAAUCUAAACAGAUCUGCUGAAGAAAAUUAUCAAUUGAAUGAAAAGAUCAUGGCAUACUCUACAGAGAAAAACCUGCUUGAAUCUCAGGUUACUGAACUUCAAGAAAUUGUUGAGAGCCAAAAUGGCCAGAUGACAGUACUGAAGAAAGAUAUUACAGAUUUAGAAGGGCAGAUUGAGAAGAAAGCUAAAGAUAUGGAAAACAUGGAACAAGAUGGGAUGGAAACCUUGACUAAAAUUGCUGAGAAGGACAAUGAGAUAGCUGUACUUAGGGAAGAAAAUGAGGCUCUCCACGAUCAGACAGAAAAGCUGUUAGUCGAAACUGGAGACAUGGUGCAAGAUAUGGACUCCCUCCAGGCCAGGAAUGAUGCUUUGAAGAAAGAGCUCGAGUUCCUUCAGAUGCAGCUCAGCAGCAAUGAAUCAGAGAAACUUCAGAUGGAUGAGGCUAGCAAAUCCGAGUUUGAUCAGCUCUGUAAUGAAAUCGGUGACCUCAAGGAUGAAAUCAGUGCCAAAGACCAGGAAGUUGCGGAGGCUAAGAAUGAGCUCGUGCUGUCCCAGGAUGAAAUUAAACGUCUUCGGUCAGAAAUUGACACUGCUGAGGCCAAGCUGGAAGAGAGCAAGUCCACUGAGGAAGUUCUUCAAGCUGACAAGUGUGAGCUGCAAAAUGAGCUUAAGAAAACAGAAGAAAAACUAAACCAAGUAGAACAACUCAAGAGCGAUGUUGAGAAAAGUCUUGCAACUCUUGAAGAUGAGAUGAGCAAGGACAAAGACAGUGUAGAUAACAAACUGGCUAUGUAUGCCUCAGAGUUGUCAGAAGCUAGAGAGGAAUAUGAGCUUCUGCUGAUAAACAUCACCAAGGAAAAGGAAGAGAAGGUGAAUUUGGAGAAGAAUUUGGCCAAACAGGAAGAUAUGAUUAAGAAGGAGCAAGAAGAUAGGGAAGUUGCUGAGCAUAGUGCAGAAGAGAAGGAAGAGAUUAUAAAAGGUUUGAAAGAGGAGAUGAAGAGCAUGAGUCAGGAGGUUAAAGAAUCAACAGUCAGGAUAGAAAGUUACUCCCAAGAGGUUAACAUCCUUAAUGAAAGAAAUACUAACCUUCAGAGCCAGAUUGACAGCCUGGAGUCUGAGAAGGACCAGCUUGCGGAUGCAGAAAUGUCUCUGGCCGCAGAGAUUCAGAGCCAGCAAACCAGAGGCUCUGACCUAGAGAACAGGAUCAAGGACCUGGAAACUGAGCUCUCUACAAUGGAGGAGAAAUACAAUAACCUGCUGGAGACACAUGCCUUCUUGGAGACCGAGUCAUCCCAGUUAAAACCGGAGAUUGAAGAGAAGACCAAGAUCGUUGAAACACUCCAGAAGAGUAUCCAGGAUAUGGAAAGUUCCAAGGGCAUGCAUGAGCAAGCUGUCAGGGAGGUUGAAUGGAAGCUGGCAGCUGCUUUGGAAGAUGGAGAGAGCAAGAAGUUGGAGAUGGAAGCACUAGUCAGUGAGAAGCAGGAUGUCGAGAAGCAGUUGCAACAGAUGUACAGUGACCUGAAGAAAGCCCAAAGAGAUUUGACAAUGGAGACAGAAGCUUAUGAGCAGAAGCUUCAAACAGCAGAAGAAGAUGGAUUGGCAAAGAUAGAAGAUCUGAAGAAACAACAUGCAAAGACUUUAGAAACCCUGGAGAAUGGCUUGGAAGAAGCCCGUGUAGAGAAUAAAGCAAAGACGGAACAAACCAGAAACCUAGAAUCAUCUUUACUGGAAUUCAGGUCAACUGUUGAUGACCUGACAACACAACUUGAUCAGUCUUCUCAGAUGUGCAAAAAAUAUGAAGAGGAGGUGAAUUGCUUGAAAGCAGAAUGUGAAGAACUCAAGCUCCUUGCUGAGAAGUCGGAUCAGACUGUCAAGAACUUAGCCCUGAAGCUGAAGAAGUUAGAGCAGGAGGCUUCAUCUAAUGAUAGCCUUCGAGCAGAGAUCAAGAAGCUGGAAAAUAACUGCAAUGAAUUGAGAGGCGAGCUGGCAGACGAGAAAGAAGAGAAGGACGGUGCCCUUAGGAAUCUUGCCAAACUCCAAGAGGAAUCCAAGGCUGCUGUAGGCGCUAAUUCUACAAAAAUGAAAACUGAAUUUGAGAAACAAAUCAAAGAACUGAAAGCAGACAAUGAAUCCUACCAGGGAAAACUCAAAUUGUCAAUGACAAACUUAAAGAAGUUGCAAAAAGACUUUGAGGACCUCCGCAAAUCCAACUCAGAGCUGGAGGCUAAGGUCGGCAGUGAUGCAAACUCAAAUAGCGGUGACGAAGGUUCUGAACUUGAAGAACUUAAAGAAGAGCUCAAAGAGAAAGAAGAAGAGCUGGAAUUCACCAGGAAAGAGUUCAUGAAAAUUAGCAGGACCUCUAAACAAGACCAAAGGAAAGCAGAAGAUUUCAAACUCAAGCUCCAACUGGCAUGCAAAAAAAUGACUGAGUUAAAGGAAGAAAAUGCAAAACUCAAGAAAAACCUAAAGCAAAACAUUGAUGACAAGCCACAAGUGGAGAAUACCAGCCCAUCUGCAGCUAUAGCUGCUGCAGAAAGAACUGAAGAGGAGACUGCUCCAGUCCAGGAGAAACAUAGUCCUAGCAGCAGACGUACAACAAGACUGUCAACAAAGAGACAUGGUACCAGCAAAAAUGAGAAUCCUGCCAAGAAAUUCUCUGCAGAGCCCUCUGCUGCGGUAGAAUCUGAAGUAAAAAAUGAAUAUCCCUCGAAGAAUGUACCUUUGAAUGUUGACACUGCUAUGCCAGCAUCGCAAGAAAAGCAUGAAGAGACUGCUGAAACCGCGUUAGCAGAGUCCAAAAGCCCUAGUCCUGGAAGGCGUAUGACAAGGCUGUCUAAGAGAAGGUAUUCUAGGGAUCCUUCUGCAGAUGUGAGUCAGAGAGAAGAGGAGGGCACACAGGUUGGUACCAAGCGUUCCAGGCAUCUGAGUGCAAGUCAAGAAGCUAAAAGGAGCAAGAAUGAUUUUCAAAGUGUCCCUGAAACAGAAGAGGAGGUUGCUUCAUCUCAGUCAGGUUUGAGCACCAGGCUGCGAAGGUCGGGCAGUCAGAACCAGUCCAGCAGCCAACCACCAUCCACUCAGAUACCCAGCAGUCAGGGCAGUGAAGACGGGGCAUUCAACACAAACAAGAGGGUCACCCGCAGUCAUCUGUCUAACCUCAGUCUAAGGGGUCAAAGUAGCAACCAUUCAGCUUUAUCCACCAUUACUAAUAGCCCACUGAAGGAAGGCAGGAGUGUGGAGGCUACCAAGGCUAGAGAGCUUUCAGCCAGGUCUACAAGGGGUGGACGGGGUAGAGGAGCAGCCACAGGUGUAGGGGCCCCCGAGGCUGAGAAUGAUGAAGAAAACUGUAAGAUACAGUGAAUGCAUAUAGGAGACUUGUUACUCAGUUCCUGCAGUUUGUCCAGGGAAUGCAAUUUUAAUUUAUAAUUGUCUAUUUUGGACAUUUGGGGAUGAAUUCAUUCCGUCGUCCCAUGAUUAUUAUUUUCUUUUUGCUGCAGCAUAUAUCUUGCUUCACGUCACCAGUGUGCACCAACCCUCACAUAUUUCACAAGACAAUCUUAGAUGUGUAUUAUAUGUAGAUUGUAUGAGACAUAGUAAGUGAGCAAAACAAAUAUAUUUUUCAUUGGACGAAUGACUUGAAAUUAAAGUUUAUAUGUAUCAUAUUCAUAUUUCUCUCAUGAUUUUUUUUUUUUUUGGGGGGGGGAUUUUUCAUUGGACGAAUGACUUGAAAUUAAACAAGUUUAUAUGUAUCAUACAAUAUUCAUAUUUCUCUUGUGUUUUUUUUGGGGGGUGGCAUGUUUUCCUAGUUGUGGACACUGUAUAUA